CAUGCGCUAAGAUAAGAGCCCAAAACCCCAAAAUUGCGUUGUUUAUAUAGAAUUGGCGGUGUCAUUUGUUAACCUGACUUAUCAAAAUGGCUUGUGAGAAUGAGAAUGGUAGGAAGGAGGAAGAGAAGUCACUGCCUCUCGUGAAUACUGACGACGACAAUAAGAUGGCAUCGGUGGAGUCUGAGAUUUCUGAGAAAGAGAAAGAUGAGCUGCGGCAACUUUAUGAGGAAGUCCUAAGAAGAAGGGGUGGGCCUUUCCGUCGUCGAAGACCAGAACGUGCGCACGAAAAACGAGGAGUCUUUGAAGGCCAUUCCAACAACACUCCAAAUAAGAUGGCAUCGGUGGAGUCUGAGAUUUCUGGGAAAGGGAAAGAUGAGGUGCGGGGGCCCGAAAUUCUCUACCCUCCUCGUCGAGAAAUAGAGCUUGCAGUAAAUGUGACGAAACUACGAUCAGAACUGAUUGUCCUCGGGCUAUUUGACGAGGAAUCCCGAAGAAGAACUACGAGGGACCAGUUUACCGCCCCGUCGUCAAGGCCAUUCCAACAAGACUCCAAAGGAGAAGCCUCCUAAAAUGGGUACAAAAUUCAAGAAGUCAUUGGGAAAGGAAGCUAUGGUGUUGUAUGUUCAAGCCACCAAAGAUUAUGAUAUAUUUGAGCACAUAUCUGAUGUUGCACACAUUCUAUGGGAGAUAAAGCUGCUUAGACUUCUUCGACAUCCUGAUAUUGUUGAAAUCAAACAUGUCAUGAUGCCUCCUUCUAGGAGGGAGUUCAAGGACAUUUAUGUUGUUUUCGAGCUCAUGUAGUCGGAUCUGCAUCAAGUCAUUAAAGCCAAUGAUGAUUUGAAAAGGAGCACCGUCAAUUUUUCCUUUACCAGUUACUCCAAGCAUUGAAGUAUAUUCACACCGGUAUAUUUCAAUAUCUAA